UGAGCUCGUCUUUGCGGGGACAUCGUCGUCCUAUUGUCUUAGUCCCGAAAUCUCUCCCCGAGAGCGCCGCCGCAGCUCCGCUCCCUGCGAGCCAAGAUGUUAGACCCGUCGUCCAGCGAGGAGGAGUCCGACGGAGUAGUGGAGGAGGAAAGCAAGGAGGUGACGGCGCCCCAGGCCGGGUCCCGCAUCUCCCCGAGCCGGACCAGCGACAGUUCGGGGGGUCUGGCGCCCAGCGGCGGCCGCGGCAGCGCUCGCCCGACCAGCCCGAGUCCGUCGGCCGCCAGCGAGCACGAAAAGGAGGAGGUGGAGAAGCUGCAGAGGGAGGAAGAGGAGCGCAAGAAGAAGCUGCAGUUGUAUGUUUUUGUCAUGCGGUGCGUCGCCUACCCGUUCAACGCGAAGCAGCCCACCGACAUGGCGAGGCGGCAGCAGAAGAUAACCAAGCAACAGCUCCAGCAGACCAAGGACCGCUUCCAGGCCUUCCUCAAUGGAGACACGCAGAUUGUGGCUGACGAGGCAUUCAUCAACGCUGUGCAGAGCUACUACGAGGUGUUCUUAAAGAGCGACCGUGUGGCCAAGAUGGUCCAGAGCGGCGGCUUCUCAGCCAACGACUGCAGGGAAGUGUUCAAGAGGCACAUUGAGAAGCGCGUGCGAAGCCUCCCAGAGAUCGACGGCCUGAGCAAGGAGACUGUGCUCAGCUCCUGGAUGGCCAAGUUCGACACGAUCUACCGCGGCGACGAGGACCCACGCAAGGCCCAGCAACGGAUGACGGCCAGUGCGGCCUCCGAGCUGAUCCUCAGCAAGGAGCAGCUCUACGAGAUGUUCCAAAACAUCCUCGGCAUCAAGAAGUUUGAGCACCAGCUCCUCUACCAAGCCUGUCAGCUGGACAACUUGGACGAGCAGGCUGCGCAGAUCAGACGAGAGUUGGAUGGCCGUCUUCAGAUGGCCGACCAGAUUGCCAGGGGUGGUAAGUUCCCCAAAUUUGUAUCCAAAGAAAUGGAGGCGAUGUACAUCGAGGAGCUCAAGUCUUCGGUGAACCAGCUGAUGGCGAACCUGGAGAGCAUGCCCGUGUCCAAGGGAGGGGAGUUCAAACUCCAAAAGCUGAAACGGGGACACAACACCUCCAUCAUAGACAUGGGCCAAGAGGAUGAGAACACGCUGUCCAAGUCCGACGUGGUUCUCUCCUUCACACUGGAGGUGGUGAUCAUGGAGGUGCAGGGGCUGAAGUCUCUUGCCCCCAACCGGAUUGUCUAUUGCACCAUGGAGGUGGAGGGAGGUGAAAAGCUCCAGACAGACCAAGCAGAAGCAUCAAAGCCAACCUGGGGUACUCAAGGAGACUUCACCACCACACACCCUCUGCCUGCUGUCAAGGUGAAGCUGUUUACAGAGAGCACAGGAGUGCUGGCACUGGAGGACAAAGAGCUGGGCAGGGUUGUCCUCCACCCAACCCCUAACAGCCCCAAGCAGGCGGAGCUGCACAAGAUGACCCUGACCAAGGCCUGCCCUGACCACGACCUCAAGAUCAAACUGGCCAUUCGCAUGGACAAACCGCAGAACAUGAAGCACUCUGGGUACCUGUGGGCUUUCGGGAAGAACGUUUGGAAGCGCUGGAAGAAGCGUUUCUUUGUCCUGGUGCAGGUAAGCCAGUACACGUUUGCCAUGUGCAGCUACAGAGAAAAGAAAUCUGAACCGCAGGAGCUUCUGCAGCUAGAUGGGUACACUGUGGAUUACACUGACCCCCAGCCAGGCUUGGAUGGCGGCAGAGCGUUCUUCAACGCUGUGAAGGAAGGCGACACUGUGAUCUUUGCCAGCGAUGAUGAGCAGGACCGCAUUCUGUGGGUCCAGGCCAUGUAUCGGGCCACUGGCCAGUCCCACAAGCCUGUGCCCCCUACUCAGGUCCAGAAACUCAACUCUAAAGGGGGCGCCUCGGCCCAAAUGGACGCUCCCAUUUCUCAGUUCUCUGGACUCAAGGACGCAGACAGAGCUCAGAAGCAUGGCAUGGAUGAGUUUAUCUCCGCUAACCCCUGUAGCUUUGACCACGCCUCGCUGUUUGAGAUGGUACAGCGACUCACGUUGGACCACAGGCUCAAUGACACCUUCUGCUGUUUGGGAUGGUUCAGCCCGGGCCAAGUGUUUGUCCUGGAUGAGUACUGUUCCAGGAAUGGGGUUCGGGGUUGUCACAGGCACCUGUGCUACCUACGCGAUCUACUGGAGAGAGCAGACAACGGGGCCAUGAUCGACCCCACCCUUUUACACUACAGCUUCGCUUUUUGCGCCUCCCACGUGCACGGGAACAGGCCGGACGGGUUGAGCACAGUGAAAGUGGAUGAGAAGGAACGCUUUGAGGAAAUCAAAGAGCGGUUGCGUGUGUUACUGGAAAACCAGAUCGUACAUUUCAGAUAUUGUUUCCCCUUUGGUCGUCCUGAGGGUGCAUUAAAAGCCACUUUAUCCUUGCUGGAGAGGGUCCUGAUGAAGGAUAUCGUGACCCCAGUUCCACAAGAGGACGUGAAAGGAGUUAUUCGCAAAUGUUUGGAGCAGGCCGCUCAGCUCAACUAUCAGCGGAUCACAGAAUAUGCGAAAAUUGAAGGGAAAAAGAGGGAAAUGUUUGAGCACCCUGUCUACUGCUUGGCGUCACAAGUGAUGGAUUUAACCAUCCUUGAGAAAGGUCAAAAGGAUCAGAAGGAUCCAGAGAACGUAGGCCGCUUAGUCACGCCUGCCAAAAAGCUGGAGGAAACCAUUCGCCUGGCGGAGUUAGUCAUAGAGGUCCUCCAGCAGAACCAGGAGCACCAUGCGGAGGCCUUCGCAUGGUGGACAGACCUCAUGGUGGAGCACGCAGAAAACUUCCUGGCCCUCUACGCUGUUGACAUGGAUGCCGCACUGGAAAUCCAGUCUCCAGAGAGCUGGGACAGCUUCCCCCUCUUCCAGCUGCUCAACGACUUCCUCCGGGCAGACUAUCAUCUGUGCAACGGAAAGUUCCACAAACACCUCCAGGAUCUGUACGCUCCUCUGGUGGUUAGAUAUGUGGAUCUGAUGGAGUCCUCCAUCGCACAGUCAAUUCACAGGGGCUUUGAGCGCGAGUCAUGGGAGCCUGUAAAGAGUUUAACAAGUAAUCUGCCCAAUGUGAACCUACCAAAUGUGAACCUCCAAAUUCCCAAAGUACCAAAUCUGCCAGUGCCAGUAGCAGGACUAUCAGUUAACCUUCCACAAAUGCCUAGCUUUUCUACCCCGUCAUGGAUGGCUGCUAUUUAUGACUCUGAUAACGGCUCUGGGACGUCGGAGGACCUCUUCUGGAAGCUAGACGCCCUGCAGACGUUCAUCAGAGACCUGCACUGGCCCGAAGAGGAGUUUGCCAAGCACCUAGAGAGCCGCAUUAAGCUCAUGUCCAGCGACAUGAUAGAGAACUGCGUCAAGCGCACAAGGAUGGCGUUUGAGUCCAAGCUGGCGAAAAGCAGCAGGUCCACAGACUUUCGCAUUUCCCCGACAAUAUGCACCAUGUUCAAUGUGAUGGUGGACGCCAAGGACCAGUCAGCUAAACUGUGUGCGAUGGAGAUGGGCCAAGAGAAGCAGUACCAUUCUCAGAUCGACGAAUUAAUUGAGGAAAGUGUGAAGGACAUGAUCCAGCUUCUGGUAGCAAAGUUUGUCGUCAUUCUGGAGAGCGUCCUGGCCAAGAUUUCCAGAUAUGAUGAGGGCACUCUCUUCUCCUCCUUCCUCUCUUUCACGGUAAAAGCUGCUUCAAAAUAUGUGGAUGUACCGAAACCCGGGAUGGACGUGGCUGACGGCUACGUGACCUUUGUGCGCCACUCUCAGGACAUGCUGCGUGAUAAGGUCAAUGAGGAGGUGUAUAUAGAAAGGUUAUUUGAUCAAUGGUACACCGCCACCAUGAACCUGCUGGGGACCUGGCUGACUGAGCGCAUGGACCAGCAGCUCCACGUCUACCAGCUGAAAAUCCUCAUCAGGAUCGCAAAGAAAAAGUACCGGGACUUCCGCCUGCAGGGUGUGCUGGACUCCACCCUGAACAGUAAGAUGUACGAAACGGUGCGCAACAGACUCACCCUGGAGGAGGCCACCGCCUCAGUGAGGGAGGGAGGCAUGCAGGGCAUCUCCAUGAAGGACAGCGACGAAGAGGACGAAGAGGACGACUAGAGCGCCCGCACUGACACCCCGUCCCCGACCCCCACCUACCCUUUGACCUCCCCCCCUCUCCAUCCCUCAUAUCCCUAAGCCCCCUUAGCCUACACCCCCAACCCUCCCCCACCCCCUGCCUCACUUUUGACUUUAGCCUGGUA